AUGUUUUAAAAGAAAAUCAAUCUAAUGGGAGUAGCAAAUGAUAAUGAAUUUGAAUUUUAAAAAAAAUAUACUUUAGUUGAAAGAUAACAAAGAUAUUAAAAUGUUAUGAAUGCUGUUGGAGAAUAAAAAGCAUUGGUGGUUGUUGAAAAACAUAAAAAAUCAAAUAUUUAAUCUAACAAUUAAGCUUAAAACCCUUGGAGAAUGUAAAAGAAUCAUUUAAUUUAUUUAGAUUUGCAAUUGAUAAAACUAAGAAUUUAGCUGAGUUUCUCCAUUCCAUUAAAUAAAAUGCUGCUAUUAAUAAAAAUACUAGCAUAUUUUUAUAUUGCAAUAAUGCUUUAUUAAUGAUGAGAGGUAUGUUUUUUAUAUUUAUUUAGAGGAUUAAACUGUUGGAUCAAUUUUUGAAUCAUAGAAAAAUAAAGAGGAUAAUAUUUUAUAUAUAAAAUAUGCGGAUUUUGAAACAUUUGGAUUCUGA